CGAGAAUGAGGAUGCAGCCGCACUUCUUUCCGCAACAAACCGUUAAUUGCUCCUGACUACCCACCGACUCGGGCUCGAAAUCACGGAGAUACCUUUACGAACCCCGUCAUGGCUCUUCCGGAGCGGAUAGUGUGUGAUUAGAUGGCAGCGGUUGGUGAUUUAUGGGGACCGGAGCGGUGACCAUGCUCGGACCCAAACCCAGCGUUGUGGACGGGACUGCAGCAGCAGCAACGGGCGGCGUUUAAUAAACAAAACUCUGACAAAUUAAAGCGACUAGUAGCUGAAAUGGCAGGAAGGAGUCGCAGAUCUUGGUUUAGCGUGUUGCUGGGGCUGGUGGUCGGGUUCACACUGGCGUCCAGGCUCAUCCUGCCCCGGGCCAGCGAGCUGAAGAAAGCGGGUCAGAAGCGGCGGGCGAGCGGCGGCGGCGCGGGAGGCUGCGGAGGCGGCGGAGGGAUGAUGAUGAUGAUGAAGAAGGAGUACGGAGGGGUCUUGAUGCCCGGUACCGAGAAGCCCUCAGUGCCCCAGUCUAGCAGCUUUCUGUUUGUGGGCGUCAUGACCGCGCAGAAGUACCUGAAUAACCGCGCCGUGGCAGCAUAUAGGACCUGGGCCAAGACCAUCCCGGGCAAGGUGGAGUUUUUCUCCAGUGAAGGUUCUGACACCACCAUCCCCAUCCCCAUUGUGGCUCUGCAGAACGUGGAUGACUCGUACCCUCCGCAGAAGAAGUCCUUCAUGAUGCUCAAAUACAUGCAUGACCACUAUUUGGACCAGUUCGAGUGGUUCAUGCGAGCCGACGACGACGUCUACAUCAAAAGCGAAAAGCUGGAGAGUUUCCUAAGGAGUCUCAACAGCAGCGAGGCCAUCUUUCUGGGCCAGACGGGCAUGGGAGCCCGCGACGAACUGGGCAAACUGGCGCUGGAGCCGGGGGAGAACUUCUGCAUGGGCGGCCCUGGUGUUAUCAUGAGCCGCGAGGUGCUGCGCAGGAUGGUUCCCCACAUCCGCCAGUGCCUGCAGGAGAUGUACACCACCCAUGAGGACGUGGAGGUGGGCCGCUGCGUGCGCAGAUUCGCCGGAGUGCAGUGCGUCUGGUCCUAUGAGAUGCAGCAGCUGUUCUAUGAGAAUUACGAGCCAAACAAGAAGGGCUACAUCCGUGAUCUCCACAACAGUAAGAUCCACAGAGCCAUAACCCUUCACCCCAACAAGAACCCACCUUACCAGUAUCGGUUGCACAGCUACAUGUUGAGCCGGAAGAUUGCAGAGCUGCGCCACCGCACCAUUCAGCUCCAUCGUGAGAUUGUGCAAAUGAGCCGCUACAGCAACACCGAGGUGCACAGGGAAGACCUUCAACUGGGCAUGCCUCCAUCCUUCAUGCGCUUUCAUCCCCACCAACGUGAGGAGGUGCUGGAAUGGGAAUUCCUCACGGGAAAGUACAUUUUCUCAUCCUCAGAUGGACAGCCUCCCCGUCGAGGCAUUGACUCCUCGCAGAAGAUGGCGCUGGACGACAUCAUCAUGCAAGUUAUGGAGAUGAUUAACGCCAAUGCCAAGACACGCGGAAGAGUCAUUGACUUCAAAGAGAUCCAAUAUGGCUACCGAAGGGUCAACCCUAUGUAUGGUGCAGAGUACGUACUGGAUCUGCUGCUGCUCUACAAGAAGCACAAGGGGAAGACUAUGACAGUGCCCGUAAGGAGGCAUGCGUAUCUUCAGCAGACCUUCAGCAAGAUCCAGUUCUUGGAAGAAGAAGAGAUGGACGCUCGAGUCCUGGCUGCCAGGAUCAACCAAGACUCCGACUCGCUGUCUUUCUUGUCCAACUCCCUCAAGAUGCUCGUCCCGUUCAAGUUGAGCAGCCCAGGCAUCGAACAACACGAACCCAAAGAGAAGAAGAUCAACAUCCUUGUGCCGCUGGCCGGACGCUACGAGAUUUUUCUGCGCUUCAUGGCCAACUUCGAGAAGAUCUGCCUCAUUCCCAACCAGAAUGUCAAGCUUCUGAUUCUGCUUUUCAGCACGGACAACAACACUGAGCGCAUCAAGCAAAUCGAGCUCAUGAGGGAGUAUCGCAUGAAGUACCCCAAAGCCGACAUGGAGAUCAAACCGGUUUCCGGACCAUUCUCCCGUGCUCUGGCCCUGGAGGUCGGCUCGGCCCACUUUACCAAUGAUUCUUUACUCUUCUACUGUGACGUGGACUUACUGUUUACGCCUGACUUCUUGACUAGAUGUCGUGGGAAUACCAUACUUGGGGAACAGACAUACUUUCCUAUUAUUUUCAGCCAGUAUGACCCAAAGGUUGUCUACGCAGGGAAGGUGCCCAGCGACAACCACUACGUGUUCACAUCCAAAACAGGCCUGUGGAGACACUAUGGUUUUGGUAUUGUCUGCGUCUACAAAGGAGACCUGGUCAAAGCUGGUGGUUUUGACGUCUCCAUCCAAGGUUGGGGACUGGAGGACGUUGACCUUUUCAACAAGUUUGUCCAAUCCGGGAUCAAGCUGUUCCGCAGUACGGAUACCGGCAUCGUUCACGUGCAUCACCCUGUGGUUUGCGACCCCAAUCUUGAUCCCAAGCAGUACAAAAUGUGCCUGGGAUCCAAAGCAUCCUCGCACGGCUCCACGCAGCAACUCGCAGAGCUAUGGUUGGAGAAAAACAACCACAGCUUCCGAAAGAUCUCGAACUCCAAUAAUGAAUCAAUGAGGACAGAAUAGACCUGGCAAGUGCACAUUGUCCAUCCGUCUUCCUCUUAAUGGUGUUUUUUAAAACUACCUUAUUUAUUUUUUACAGGAAAAAGACUUCUGUGGAUAUAUUUUGAAAUAAUAACUGGUUUUGUAAACUGUACAGGAGCAGGUCGUCACCUUCAGACUUGAUCUUUUUUAAGUAGCGUUUCAAAUAACACAACAGUGACUUAAAGAGGACGAUCUAUUUUACAAAUCCAAUACUGAGCGUUAUAUUUAUGGCACCUCAAAAACAGACUGCUGUGGACCUCGCCAGAAAAAAAAUGCUUUGAAAUGGAGUCGAAGAGGGAGUUUGGACACGGACUUGUGUGGUGUCUGGCAAAAUGGUAAAUGUUUAUUUGUGAAUGUUUACAGAGAGCGAUGAACAAGUGAUUCAUUCUUGGUGAAGGGGAUCUUUAGAAUAACAAUCUUAAUUCUGACAAUUAAGGGCCAUUGAUCAACAGCUUCUUUUCGGUUCGUUUUUUCCAGUUUACUUGUCUGGAGUUGGGAGGGGGAUCCAUAAUAACACUGUUUUGUUUUUAUCGCUUUUGAUUUAUUGUUUUUAUUGACUUCUGUGAAUGAAACUGCUGGCUGUUGAUCUCUCCUACUCAUUCCCACUGUCUAAUUUAUUGAGCGUUCAGUCUUCGGGGCUGAGGUUGUGUAUAUUAGAGAUUGUAUAACCGUUUCAGUCAUGGAUAGUGUUUUUGUUCCCUCUCUUGAUCUUGAAUUACUUUAAUUACCAAAGACUUUCUUUCUUUUUUUUUUUUGCACAGUUGCUGUAGGUGAUAUUUGUUCAAGAGUGCUUGUUUUUGUGUGUGCGUGCGUGUAUGAGUCCAAAUGCAAGACAGUAGAGCAGGAAAAAACAUGUAAUGUACUGUAGGAUGGAGGUACCGAUGACUAUUCAACAUGGCCCUAUGAAAGUAUGCCGACAACAAGCCACUUAAAGAGAUUUUCUCAUUUCAUAUGAUCAGAUUUCAUUUACUCCUCUUGGUUAUUUAAAUUUUUUGAUUCAGUUGGCCUUUCUCCUGUGAUUGAGCCAUGCACCCUGUGGGGACAACGGCCGUAACGCGGCCUCGCCUUCAGAUUCGAGGACGAUCUCCCACAGUAGUCUCUCUUUCUGUUGUCUUUUGUUUUUCUCUGGGGCGUUUUCAUACUUCAGUUCUUUGUUAGCCCCCAUACAACUGGGACAAAGUUUUAUAUUUAAUAAAAUGGAAAAUGAAAAAG